AUGAAUAAUGAUCCGGAAAUUGCCGUUGAAGAGUAUCAAACAGAUGCUUUAUACGUAGAACAGGAGAAGGAGGGGCUACUAACCGGAGAGGAAGUGCCAUCCCAAGAAAAUCCAGUUGAGUCUGUGACAUUUCCUAAUCACUAUACAAUUGUUACGGGUCUUUAUCCUGAAUCUCAUGGAAUUGUUGGAAAUGAAUUUUAUGAUCCUGAUCUUGAUGACGAUUUUUAUUAUACUAAUCCUAAUAAAAGUUGGGAUUCAAAAUGGUGGGGUGGUGAACCGAUUUGGAUAACUGCUGUAAAACAAGGCCAGAAAUCUGGUGUAUCACAAUGGGUCGGAACUUCCUCUGUCAUUAAAGGACAUAUUCCAACUUAUCAUUAUCCUUAUCUUCCUAAUGUUACUAUUGAUGAAAAGGUCGGUCAAAUAAUGAAUUGGUUGGAUCUUCCGUUAGAUGAAAGACCAACAUUCCUCGCUGCUUAUGCAAGUGAAGUUGAUACUGCUGGUCACAAAUUUGGUCCUGACUCUGUAGGCGUAAAUGAUUCUCUUAAAUAUGUUGAUAAUUUUGCGCUUGGCCUUUGGGAAGGUUUAGUUCAUAGAAAUUUAUCUGAUAUUGUCAAUAUUAUAAUCGUUAGUGAUCACGGAAUGGCGCAAACCGUUUCUAGUAAUCAAAUUUUUUUAGACAAUGUUUUCAAUGUUUCAAAAGUUCGUCCAUUAGAAUGUAGACCAUUGGCUGGAAUUCGUCCUUAUAACGACUCUGAUAUUAAUGAUAUAUAUUUAUCUUUGAAAGAUGCGAGUCAAAAUCAGCCUUGGCAAUGUUAUCUUCGUGACGAAAUACCUGAACGUUUUCAUUUUCGUGCUUCUCAUCGUAUAGCUCCAAUUUUUUGUAUUCCUCCUGUAGGAUGGAUUCUCUCCACUCAUCGUGAUUUUGGUAAAUCAUCUCCAAAAGGAACUCAUGGUUAUGAUAAUCUUGAACCUGAAAUGAGAGGAAUAUUUCUAGCUUCAGGUCCUGUAUUCAAGGAAAUAGCUUCGAAAAAAAAGACGAAUAUAGUAAAAGGUUUUUUUAAUUUCGAAGUUUAUAAUAUAGUGGCAAAAAUUUUGGGGUUAACUCCCGCUGAAAACAAUGGCACUGUUGGUGGAAUCUUUUGGAAUGAUUAA